ACUGUUAUGUAUGGAAAUAUCUGUGAGGAGUUGUGUCUUAGAAGGCAAAAGCUUUACCCUGGCAUCUUCAGGUGGGUUUGGGAAUGCCCGCUGCCUGAAACCCUGCAGAGCCACUACCAGUUAGUAUUAACUUCACUGGAUUAGAUGAGUUAAUGGUCUGACUCAGUAUAUAUAUUCUGGAGUUAAAGAUGUUGCACCUCAUUUGUUUCUCUUCUUUGGAACACAAACUCAAGAUGUGAUGGAAGUUCAACAGCUGACGUAACUAGCUGUCUGCAGAAACACUAGACCUGGGAGUAUAAUUCUUUUCCUUCCUUCCUUUCUUCACAACAGAUUAAACCACAGGAAUCGGAAGCCAUUUUUGGUGCCAAGGCGUUUUCUCUUCACGGCAGCCAUGAGCCUCGAACCUCCCAAGCUGGAAAUCAAAUCGGCCACCAGAGUGACUGGAGGUCCUGCCACCCCGAGAAAAGGACCCCCAAAAUUCAAGCAGAGGCAAACCAGGCAGUUUAAAAGCAAGCCACCAAAGAAGGGUGUCCAAGGAUUUGGCGAUGACAUCCCUGGUAUGGAGGGCUUGGGAACAGAUAUUACUGUGAUCUGCCCCUGGGAAGCCUUCAGCCACUUGGAGCUACACGAGCUGGCCCAAUAUGGCAUCAUAUAAACACACAGAGGCCAGAAGUGGGGCUGCAUGGAUAUUUGCCUUCCCUCCAGUUGAGGGGGCAGCUUCUGUGACCUUCCUUUUAUCUGUGCUCCUAGCCUCUUCAAAUCAACCAACUUUGCAGAAAUCAGCUCUUGACCUCCAGCAGUUUAUAAAACCAAAAUAAAACCCA